UUUUGAUCCAAGCAUCGAUGAAGAGCUUUCUGCGCCGCCCGGCGACGGCCAUGGUGCCCAUGGUACAGCGAUGGGCGUCGACGAUGUCGAAGAAUGUAGUGCUGGCGCAGUGCGGAUGUGGCGGCGUUCAAUUUGAAGCGGAUUUGCGCAAAGGCAUUCCACAGCUCACAGUGUGCAACUGCGCUGCGUGCCGCAAGGUCACGGGGGCCGUGCAGCUGCCGUUCCUGGCGCUGCCGCGGAAGUCGGUGACCUUUACAGAGGAGGCCACCUUGCGCGAAUGGGAACCCACUGCUCUGGCCAAACGCCUCUUCUGCACCGGCUGUGGGGCACAAAUUGCCAUGGACUAUCGCGAAGAGAACACCAUCUGGAUUUGUUUGGGUCUUCUGUGUGACGACCAACACUUCAACGACUGGCUGAAGAAUGUGGUGAACGAUGAUGGCCAUAUCAAUUUGAAAUAUCCCUGUGGCCACAUUUUUUGGGAGAGUCGACCUCCCAUCGUGGAAGUGCUCUACGGUGACCAUACGCAUUUGCCCGUCUCCGAGGAUUUUGGGGUCUACGUCUACGAUGCUGCACAGGAAUGAGGUCGACCCGGUACAGACGGUACAGAGCGAAUGUCAAAAAAU